GAGUGGCAGCGCAGCCAAGCUGAUGCAGCUGUCGCGCUCCGCAAUUGCGAUCGCACCGAGCAGGAGAUUGGUGGCUGCGAAGGCCGCCAGCAACCCCUGACAGUGCUUCUGUCUGAUCUCCUGCCACAGGAGGUGGGCUGCUUGCUGCGGACUUGCGAAGCUGCAGGUGUAUCAGAGGUGGUGCUGUGUGGCAACACGCCUGGACCCCCUGACCCUAAAGUGCUGAAGACUUCUCUUCAGGCGGAGGACUUCCUGCGCAUGCGUCGUGCUGCGUCUGCCGAAAGGGAGCUGCAGCGACUGGCUACAGCCGGGAUGCAAGUGUGGACACUGGAUUCUGGGAUUAACCGGGAAGACUCCCCCGCUGACCAGCCAGCAGCAGGCCUAUUCACCGACUUCGGAGUGCGCCCGCCGGUUGCACUCAGCCUGGGAUGGAA